GAACCGCAGACGCGCGCACACGGGAACGCGCUCAGACACUAAAUCCGCUAGAUUACUAAACCCGUCUCACACUAAGGGAAAGAUGAAGGUUUCAACCGUUUUAGCUUAUGUUAUUGCACGGACCAAUUCUACCCGCUUUUCGUCUCAAGGAAACUAAACUAUUCUGUGGAAUACAACUAUUUGGGAGGAAGCCUUACUCAUCUUAUUUUUUCUUUUUGUUGAGACUGAGCCGCCCCACAGGGUUGUCGGGCCAGUGGGUCGUUAGGAAUUGGAACAACGACGAGCUUCCCUCACUACUUUGCAUUAAAAUAAAGUAUUGUUCAGUGGGAUAUUAGAUGCUAGGACACGUCUACGUUACCCGUUAGCUAUUCAUUUAGCGGUUAACAAUGACCCAAAGAGAAAGGGCUAUUCUCCGGACUGGCCAAAACAGUGUCAAAGGCUAGGCUAGCUUUUGGUCCCAACUAUUAUGAAAGCUACUCAGUGUUGACCAAGCGGAUAUUUAUAACUGAUGGGACACUACUCCAAAUACUUAUGCUACAGUAAACUCUCCGAGGAAACCGACACUAGUUUGGCGUUUUAAAGUUCCUUUGUCAUCUUCAUAAUUGAAUGACCGAGGAUUCAAUAUGUCAUUUUUUAAUUUCCGUAAAAUAUUUAAAUUGGGAUCAGAGAAGAAGAAGAAACAGUAUGAACACGUGCGCAGGGAUGAAAAUCCUGAGGAAAUAUGGGACAUUAUCGGCGAAUUGGGAGAUGGAGCCUUUGGAAAAGUGUUCAAGGCUCAGAACAAACAGACGGGAAUUCUCGCCGCAGCCAAAGUUAUUGACACAAAAACGGAGGAGGAGUUGGAGGACUACAUGGUAGAGAUCGACAUCCUGGCCUCCUGCGAUCACGAAAACAUCGUCCAACUGCUCGACGCUUUCUAUUUUGAGAGCAAACUCUGGAUCCUCAUUGAGUUCUGUGGAGGAGGGGCUGUGGAUGCAGUCAUGCUAGAGCUGGAGAGACCCCUGACAGAGCCGCAGAUCCGGGUAGUGUGUAAGCAGACUCUGGAGGCUCUCGUCUAUCUCCACGACAACAAAAUCAUCCACAGAGACCUGAAGGCCGGCAACAUCCUCCUCACACUGGACGGGGACGUCAAGCUGGCUGACUUUGGUGUGUCGGCCAAAAACACCAAAACUUUCCAGAGGAGAGACUCUUUCAUUGGAACGCCUUACUGGAUGGCUCCAGAGGUGGUGAUGUGCGAGACGUCCAAGGACCGUCCGUACGACUACAAGGCGGACAUCUGGUCCCUCGGGGUCACCCUGAUCGAGCUGGCACAGAUCGAGCCACCCAAUCACGAGAUGAACCCCAUGAGAGUGCUGUUGAAAAUAGCCAAGGCCGAUCCUCCAACCCUGAUGCAGCCGUCCCGCUGGUCCCCAGAGUUCAGUGAUUUCUUAAAGCGUUGUCUGGACAAGCAUGUGGACAACCGAUGGACUCCGACACAGCUGCUGCAGCAUCCAUUCGUGUCCAGUGUGAAGGACAGCCGGCCUGUGAGGGAGCUCAUCGCUGAGGCCAAGGCUGAAGUCACAGAGGAGAUCGAAGACCACAAGGAGGAAGAGGAGGAGGAAUACCCAGAGGCACACCUGGGCCACAAACGCGGCCCCUCGGAUGUGAGCGUGGCCAGCUCGGAGGAUGAGAAGAUCCCCCUCUCUCCCUCCAUCUUGGAAUCCGUCCCUGAAAAGGUAGAGCCAGUUGUGCCCUUGCCCAGGCCCACUGAGCUCCCUGUGGAAAACCAUGUGGUGGACAUAAGCUUUGUGGAGGAGCCUGCGGCCCCUGCAGCUGAGGAACCCAUGGAGGAGACUCCAAAAACUCCAGCUGAAGAUGAGGAAGAGAAAGCAGUGGAGGAAGAUGUUGCCUCCCCUGGACCAGAGCCAGAACCAGAGGCACCUGCGAAGGAAAUGCAGCAGCUGGAGAUCGCCGCUGAGGACGAGAAGGAAGUGGACACAGCCGAGGUUCCUCAAAGUCCAGAGGUCACUGAGGCUCCUCAGGAGGAAACCAUGGAGGAACCAAUCACACCAGCAGAGGAGGAGGACGACGAGGAGCGGUACAAAAACCUCAAAGUGACAUUGACACUACCAGAGCAAGAUAAAGUGGUCCCAAAAGAACAGAAUGGAGAGAAGCCCUCAGAAAAGGAGAACGCAGAAGACGAGAAGACGGUUCCAGACAGAGCUAAGGACGACAAAGAGAGGGAUUCAGACUCUGGGACUGGAUCUGCCGCAGAUAACAGCAGCGGGGACCUCAAUCUGUCCAUCUCAAGCUUCCUGUCCAAAACUAAAGAGCCUGGAUCUGUCUCCGUACAGGACAACAAGCGGCAUAAGAAGACGCUGAAAAAGACUCGCAAAUUCAUUGUGGACGGAGUGGAAGUUAGCGUUACUACAUCGAAGAUCAUCACUGACAAUGAUACGAAGAACGAGGAGAUGAGAUUCCUCAGGCGCCAGGAGCUGAGGGAGCUGCGUUUCCUGCAGAAGGAGGAGCAGAGGGCCCAGCAGCAGCUCAGCAACAAGCUGCAGCAGCAGAAGGAGCAGAUCUAUCGCCGCUUCGAGCAGGAGACCACGAGUAAGAAGCGUCAGUACGACCAGGAGGUGGAGAACCUGGAGCGGCAGCAGAAGCAGACCAUCGAGCGGCUGGAGCAGGAGCACACCAACCGGCUCCGGGACGAGGCCAAACGCAUCAAAGCCGAGCAGGACAAAGAACUGUCCAAGUACCAGAACAUGCUGAAGAACCGCAAGAAAGAGGAACAAGAGUUCCUUCAGAAGCAGCAGCAGGAUCUGGACAGCGAUCUGAAGAAGAUCAUCCAGCAGCACAAACACGAGCUGGCCACCAUCGAGAGAGACUGCCUCAACCACAAGCAGCAGCUCCUCCGAGCUCGUGAGGCUGCUAUGUGGGAGCUGGAGGAGCGCCACCUGCAGGAGAAGCACCAGCUGUUCAAACAGCAGCUCAAAGACCAAUACUUCAUGCAGAGGCACCAGCUGCUGAAGAGACACGAGAAGGAGAUGGAGCAGAUGCAGCGCUACAACCAGCGUCUGAUCGAGGAGAUGAAGAACAAGCAGACGCAGGAGAGAACCCGGCUGCCCAAGAUCCAGCGCAGCGAGGCCAAGACGCGCAUGGCCAUGUUCAAGAAGAGCCUCCGAAUCACCGGCGCCUCCAUCACCCCCGAGCAGGAGAGGGAGAAGGUCAAACAGUUUGCAGCCCAGGAAGAGAAGAGGCAGAAGAACGAGAGGCUCCACCAGCAUCAGAAGCAUGAGAACCAGAUGAGAGACCUGCAGCUGCAGUGUGACGCCAACAUCCGGGAGCUGCAGCAGAUGCAGAACGAGAAGUGCCACCUGCUCAUCGAACAUGAGACCCAGAAGCUGAAGGAACUGGACGAGGAGCACAGCAUGGAGCUGAAGGAGUGGAGGGAGAAGCUAAGACCCAGGAAGAAGGCCCUGGAGGAGGAGUUUGCCAGGAAGCUGCAGGAACAGGAAGUGUUCUUCAAGAUGAGCGGGGAGUCCGAGUGCCUUAACCCCUCCUCCCAGAGCCGCAUCUCCAAGUUCUACCCCAUCCCCUCCGUCCACUCCACGGGUUUCUAGAUGAAACCUUGGCACACGUGCACAGACAUGGACGUGAUGAGCAUACACACACACAAACCGACAGUAAAGAGCCCGUGCUGCCUUGCCUUCAUCCUCUGAAAACAGUUCGAGGAUGUCAGGAGAUAUGAAGGAGAUUUUCAGAUUCAGUGUUUCGAUCCUCGCCUCAAAGUGAAGUAUCUCUCUGCCCAACCUUCCUUCCAUGAUUGAACUGUUUUUAUAAUAAAUAAUCCAGUGCCUGUAGAAUGUUAUCUGUUUGGCUUUUAAAUCCAAGCAAUUUCAAAUGAGUAUUUGCUGCUCUUUUUCUCGCAUGUAGACAUUUGCUCUCAGUAAGGAUAGCCUUUUUAUACCACUUAUUUAACAUUUCAUAUGGCUAAAUACUAAAUAGCAACCUUAUCAUUUAUAAUUGAUCAUAAAAUAGAUGUACUUCUGCUAUAGGAAACACAUUUAACUCUCUUAAGGUGAUAUAUUUGUAUCUUGCAUAUCUCUUCUAGGCUGAUUUGAGGUUAAAUGAUGCAUAACUUCCAAAGAAUCUUUUCCAGCAGAAAUGAUUCCUUCUUUACAGGUUUUUUAUCAGAAUGCCUUCCUGUCUCGAGCGUGAGAGUUUUUAGCAUCCAGCAGAAAGUUAGCGUUGCAUACAGUAGAGAUGGUGUUUACAUACAGUACACAAAGGGUCAUUGUUAGGAAACCACUGUGGGGCAGAAACAAAGACUGCCGCAUUUAUGUACCUGUUUGUUGCUCUGGUUUUUAUGUUUUUUAGGUAACACCACUUUAUUGUUGUCAAGCAGAAAUUGGAGCAUAAUUCAGGGACUUUUCAUUGAUGUCGCUUCAGAAAAUGUGAAGACAUUUGUAAGAGUUUCUAAAGCCUGCCUUACAAAAUCCAACAUAUUUCUGUUCAGUUAAACGAUAAUCUGAUGAUGACGAAUCCUGUGUAUUUCCUUUGGUUCAUAUGGCUCAUCAUAAUGUUUUUGCUGCCCAGCAUGUCCUUGAUAUCGGAUUUUUCUUAUUGAAAUACUGUUUUCAUUGUCGUGCUAGCUAAUAGCCUUAAUACUUUAAAACAGCUGUAUAGAUAUACUGUAUACCCGAUGUGAUCGCCUUUAAAGAUUUUGGUAAGGCUUAUGGUUUAAUGUGCAGCUCUGAAGCACAUUUUUGAAUGAUUGCAUCUGUAUUCAAAGAAACAAACGGUGCGCUUAGCAUUUCUUAUUUUUAUUAAGGCAGAUGUAUUAUGAAUGAUGUCAAAGCAAUGUAAUAUUCGAUGCGGUUGUGAAAACAAACAAAAAUGGACCUGACUGGUUUAGGCCAUCCUAACUUGUGAUUGGGUCAUUCUAUCAUCUAAUUUCCUUAUGAUUGGCUAUUGAGAGGUAAGGUAUUUUAAUUCUUAUGUACAAAAAUUGCAUCAAAGUGCUGUGCACCUUUUACGAAUCUUUCUCUGCUGAAACUGCAACCCCCACAAUGCAGCAUCUGUAGCUUAUUCAUUCAGAAGAGGUUUGCAGAAUACAACAAUAUCAUUACAAAAUAACCAGUUGGUCUGUUGUCUGUUUUAUUCUUCAAAAAAAAAUUAAAAAUAAACUCUGAAUGUUGACUGAAACAAUGUUAUCCAUAUCAAAAGCAUUAUGCAUUUUUUUAAAUAAAUGUAUAGUUUUUAGAAUACUUGUGUAAUGUAGAUUUUCAUUUUGCUGUAAAUAAACAUGUUCCUCUGUA